AUGGUAAUAAAGUUACCCGGGGCUCCACCUCGACCGGAAGAAGUAACUAAGAAUCCUAAAUUAUUGACACAAUUAGAUGAGAGGAUUUUUCUUGAUCAAAGCACUAAUUCAUGGAUAUUUGAAGAUGAAGACAGUAUUGAAUAUGAGUAUAAUUUCACGAAUGUGAAGUGGGAAAUACGACAUAAUGAAGAAAGUGAAAGUAAAAGUGAAAGUAAAAAACAUAAACUUGAAGAGAAUUCUGAAGAUGAAGAAGAAAAGAACAAACGAGAUCUAAAGUUAUUAAAGAAACAGAAGUUACAGGAACUCAAAGAUGAGAUCUCUAAACUUAAACAAGAAGUUAAGAGUUCAGGUACUAAAUCUGAAACAUCAACUAAUGCAGUAUUUGUUAGUAAUCUUCCCAAUGAUAUCUCCAACAAAGAAUUGGAUGAAAUCUUCUCCAAAUAUGGAAUCCUCUCUCAGGAUUAUAAUACAGGAGAGAAUAGAAUUAAGAUGUAUUAUGAUGAAAAUAAUACAUUCAAAGGUGAAGCUACUAUCUUUUAUCAUAGUAAAGAAAGUGUUCCAUUAGCUGUAGAAAUGCUUGACAAUACUCCAAUUCGUCCCCACUCUAAAUUGAUUAAAGUUGAACCAGCUACAUUUACAGAAACUACCAAUAGUUCAAAGAAAGAGAAUGCUAAAAGUAAAAUUAGAACUAGAACUAGUAAGGAUCAACAAAAAUUGAAUAGAGCUAAAGAAGCAUUAAAUAAGAAACUAUCAGUAUGGGAUGAUGAAGAUACUACUAGUACAACUAAAGAUAUCAGUAUAGGUUCAAAAGUUGUAGUUGUAGAAGAUAUGUUUCGAGUAGAUGAAUAUCAACAAGAUCCCUUACUUGGAUCUGAUAUAAAAGAAGAUAUUAAAGAAGAAUGUGUUAAGUUAGGUAUAGCACACGAUAUCUCAAAGAUCAUCAUAUAUGAUAUAAGUGCUGUUGUUAUGAUUAAAUUCAAAUCUUAUACACUGAGUCAAAAGUGUAUUGAUUCAUUUGAUGGAAGAUACUUUGAUGGACUUAAAUUACGAGCUUCUCCAUUUUCAGGUCAAAAGUUUGAAAGAACUAAUGAUCACGAUGAUGAAGUCACCGAUGAAGAUCGAUUAAAUCAUUUCGGUGAGGUUAUAGAUAAAGUAACGUAA